GCUCUUCUCUCUGUUCUCGAGUUCUCGUUUGAAUCAUUUCAUUCCUCCAUGCUUAUCCCCUUCCUCUCAGGUCUCCAGACUCCUCCUUCGAAAUUACACUCCUGACCUUGCAUUUCACCUCAUACAGUUAGUUCCCCAAAUUCCCCUUCGCUACAAUUUAGGGUUUUUCAUUUUCUUGUAUUAUUCUCUUAGUUAGAUUCACUGAAUCUUGAUUACAUAGUUUUCCUAUGCUUGGAACUUCCGAAUCAUCAUGAUUCCCUUUAUCACAUGCUGUCCCUUUCGCGAAUCUUUCGUGUCCAAAAUUUAAGGCUUUUUUUUUGCUUAUUUUGGUUUUUACGGUUUCGAGAAAAAGUGAAGUUCUUUCUGGGCUAGAAAACUAGUGAACUUGUCUUCUUCUGAACGUAAAACUUGUGCCUUGUGAUGGAGAAUCUCUAUGUGAGGUGUUUUUGAUAGAAAGGUUGAUUUAAGAAGCGUGAAUUAGUGGGAAUAACAUUUCAGUUCUUGCACGAGUUAUGUUCUUUCUGGAUUAACAUGUUUUGCAUGAGAUAAUUUCUUUCUGGGUUAGAACUGAAUGAACAUGGGCUUCUUAUUGAGUGAAAAAACUGUGCCUUGUAGUGGAGAUUCCUUGUGAGUUACUUUGGCUCAAAAGGUUGAUUAAGGAAUUGCAUGAAUCUGUAAGGAUCUUAGGUUGGUGUUUGUAAUUGAAUUCAUUAGUUGUUGCGCACUUUGGGGAAAAAAGGGUUGUGUUCUUUCUGGGGUGGAGCUGAAUGAACUUGGCUUGUUUGGAGUGUAGAAGUUGUGCGCAAUGGAGGAUACUUGUGAGGUGCUUGGCUCUGAAGGGUUGAUUAAGAAGCACGAGUUUGUGAGGAUCAUAGUUCAGUGUCUAUAUUCAUUAGGGUAUGCUAAGUCUGCAUCCUUUCUAGAAUUGGAAUCCGGUGUUUCCUACAAGUCUGAGGAGUUUCGGUUGCUCGAAUCACAUGUGAUAAAUGGGAAUUGGGAUGAUUGCAUUAGCUUUCUUAAUUCCUUGAGGGAUUUGUUGGGUGAAACUAGAGAUUCUGCUGUGUUUCUUGUCCUUAGACAGUGUCUGAUGGAAUAUCUGAAGCAUGGUGAGGAUAAUCUAGCGUUGGAUGUGUUGAGGAAACGUGUUUCAGCACUGCAUGUGGACAGGUACAAGAUUCAUGGUUUGGCUAAUAGUAUGCUUUCCUUGAAGGAUGUUGGGGUAGAUGGUGAUGUAGUUCAUGAUUCACGGAAGGAUUUGUUAAAGGAUUUGGAGAAAUUGCUUCCUCCACCAAUUGCAGUACCUGAAAGGAGGUUGGAGCAUUUGGUUGAGACUACUAUUACAGCUUGGGUUGAUUCAUGUUUGUAUCACUCUUCAUUGGGUCCAGUCUCACUCUAUGAGGAUCAUUGUUGUGGCAGGGAUCAAAUUCCGACGACAACCACACAGAUAUUGACUGGACACCGAAAUGAAGUUUGGUUUGUUCAGUUUUCUAAUAAUGGAGAACAUCUAGCCUCUUCAUCCAAUGAUUGUACAGCUAUAAUAUGGAAGGUGCUUGAAGAUGGAAAAUUGACAUUGAAACAUACACUUUGCGGUCACCACCAUGCUGUGUCUUUUGUGGUGUGGAGUCCUGAUGACACCAAAUUGCUAACAUGUGGGAACACAGAAGUUUUAAAACUGUGGGAUGUUGAAACAGGUACAUGCAUGCAAACAUUUGGAAAUCAAGGCUUUGUUGUCAGCUCAUGUGCCUGGUUUCCCAAUUCAAAGCAGCUUGUGUGUGGCAGUUCUGACCCGGAGAAGGGAAUCUGCAUGUGGGAUUGUGAAGGAAACGAGAUUAAAGCAUGGAGAGGAAUGAGGAUGCCCAAAGUUGUAGACAUUGCUGUUACUCCAGAUGGUGAGUAUCUCAUCAGCAUAUUCCUGGAUAAAGAAAUUCGGAUUUUGCACCUUGGAACCAAUGUGGAACGGGUUAUUUCAGAGGAGCACCCCAUCACAUCCCUAUCAGUUUCCAGUGAUAGCAAAUUCUUCAUUGUCAAUCUGAACAGCCAGGAGAUUCAUAUGUGGGACGUGGCUGGACAAUGGGAUAAGCCAUUGACGUACACAGGCCACAAGCAACGCAAAUAUGUGAUAAGGUCAUGUUUUGGCGGAUUGAAUGGCAAAUUCAUUGCCAGUGGAAGUGAGAAUUCUCAGGUAUACAUUUGGAACACGCAGAACUCCAAGCCAAUCGAGGUUUUAUCUGGGCACUCCUUGACAGUGAAUUGUGUCAGUUGGAACCCCAAAAGGCCCCAAAUGUUGGCGUCUGCAAGUGAUGAUCAUACAGUUCGGAUAUGGGGACCCCAGCUUAUGGGAGAGAAAAAAAGGUGCAACUUGAAAUAGAUCAUUUAAGCUUACAUUGAAAAUUAAGUGACCAAGCCUAGUGUUGUGUAUAAACAGCUCUCAAUUCUUUUUUGCCCCAAAAUAAGUGGCUCAUCAUGAGUUUGCAAAGUCCUGAUUUUUACCCAUGCAGGAAUUUGGAAUUUUGGUCCCAUCUGUAUAUCCCUUUUCCAUCCUUUUUUGUAACUGCUAAUGGUACUCUCCACUUCAGUUUGUUAGAAACUAGAAACUGGUGGGUUAAGGUUAGGACUUAGGACUUACAGUUUAUGAUUUUCUUUGAAUAUUGAUAAUUUAAAAAUUGUGGAAGACUUGUUAUUUUA